UGGAAUGCUUUGCCUGCGGGGGAAUCACUUCUAGCAGAAAACCAGGACAUGGGAGAAACAGGAGCGUCUUCCUGGCUGCGUGGCGUCAUUGUGCUACUUUUUUUCCCGGCGUGGUGUUGCUUGUAAGCCGAAGGAAUCUUCCCGUGUGGCAUUCUGCCCUCCUCCGGCAACCUGAGCACAACUGUCAAAUAGAACAUGCCUGCUACUCAAGGAGGGAAAGGAUCAGGCCGGAAGUCAAAGCAAAUUGUUGCAAAGACAUCUUUAAAUAACCCCUAUGCCCUCCAGUGGAGCACCUUGGAUGGAACAGACAUGCACUUCAUAUUGGAGGCCUUGGAAGAUGCAAUGAAACAGGUUGGACUUAAAAAGAUAGAGUGUCGGAGGAAGAAAAAACCCUUUUUAUCAAAAAAGCAAGAUAAUGAGCAAUGGCAGGAUGAUUCCAGCAAAGUUCCAGAGAGAAAUGACAGUGAGGUCUCCAAAGCACACGGGUGGACUGAUUUGAGCAUCAGAGGCCAACUUGCUAUUGGAAUCAAUGAAGUAACCAGAGCUCUGGAAAAAAAUGAACUCCUUCUAGUGCUGGUAUGUAAGUCUGCCAAACCUACCAUGAUCACAUCACACCUUAUUCUGCUCAGUGCAAGUCGUGCCAUCCCCGCCUGUCAGGUUCCCCGUCUCAGUGAGAGACUAGCACCAGUUCUUGGGUUAAUGUCAGUCCUAGCUCUAGGAUUUAAACGGAGCACCGAUGCCUUUGCAGAAGUGGCUAAAGCCAUCAUUCCACGAAUCCCUAGCUUGGAUGUGCCAUGGAUUCAGCACGGAACUGAACCACCUCCUGCGAGUGAAGUUAUUCACCAAAUGGAUUUGCAGGCUGGUGAGCUGACCCAUUCGGAACCUGGAGAGUGUGCUUCAAGCCAUAAGAAGAGGAGAACUGAUAGCAGCCAGCUUCUCUCCCCCACUAUGACACUGCAAGCUCUCAAAGUUAAAAAAAUAGUUCCUAACCCAAGUAAGAGAAGAAAACUCCCCAAAACUAAAAAACGGAUUUCAAAAUAACUGACUAGUCUGACUAAGCUCCUAGAGAGCGUGCAUAUAUGCCUAGAUAUGUCUGCAUAAAUUAAAACCAACAUUUGGAUCACCUUGCAAACAAA